AUGGCCGCGAGUGUGUUACUACCUCAAGCACAGGGGGCGUGGAGAUCAGAUCAAACGAUGAAGAAUUUCCGCUCUGUUGCAACAAUGUUAGCUACCAAAUGCACUUUUCUGCCAGAACUCAAUUUGCCAAUGAUCCCCAUCAACUCGAUGAAAUCAGCUGGGACUGACUGGAUCCUAGUUUCUCAUCUUUGUUGGUUUGUUAGCCAGGCAGUUUGCAGCGGAAUAUACUACGAGCUAGCUUAUCGACUCGUUGCCUCAGACAGGGGUUCUCUUUGUUGCUCGAUAUACUCCAGAGCAUUGAGCCUCAACAUCACGACACUUGAUGAAUCAAUAGCUGUGACGCUCAUGUCCACCGAUAUGGAAAAUCUUUGUCAGAGUGCUGCCACUUUGCGAAACCUGGGCCUCCCUGCUAGUGUGAAAUUGCUUUAUCCCGCUGGUCUAAGCAGCUCAGCAGGGCUGCCCUGGGCCCUACCAUCGCUGCAAUAG